AUGUCUACAGCUGCGCCGUCGCCGUCCGAUGUGCGCGCCGAGCCUCGUGCCAGCAUCGACGAGCUGACCCAACUGCCCAUCCUAGACGAGAUCGAUGCCAAGACCGACGCACUGCGCUCGGAAAAAGCGUCUUCGUCCCCAUCGCUCGACGACUCGGAAAAGGUUGAGAUCUCCAACUCAAAAUACGUCAAUCAGGAAUCAGCUGAGGAGCAUGUGCGCUCCCAAAAAGACUCGGAACCCGUGAUCCGCAACGGUCGCGAUGUAUCCGAUGUGCUAAUCAGCGAUCGCGACGACGGCGAUGCGUGCUUUACGUUUCGCUCCAUCACUCUGGGCCUGGUGGGAGCUGCAUUCCAGUCUGUGCUGACACAGAUCUACCGAUUCAAGCCGACCGAGGUCUCGAUCAACGGAACCUUUCUCGCCAUCAUCAUCUACAUUUUGGGUACCGCAUGGGCGCGGUUUCUGCCGACGCGCAAGCUGCUGGUCACAAAACUCGGAGAGGAUCGACUGCCGGCGUGGCUGCUGACCACAGUGCACUUUAUCAACCCGGGGAGCUUCGGCUUGAAGGAACACGCGAUUGCCUCGAUCACCGCGUCGUCUGCGUCCAACGGCGCGCAUUCGAGCGACGUCUUUGGAACCCAGAAGCUCUUCUACCCAGAUAUCCCGGUCACCACUACCACGGCGGUCUUGUCGGUGCUGUCGAUCGGACUGUUCGGAUAUGGCCUGGCGGGCAUCUUCCGACCGAUCAUUGUCUACCCGGCCGAAAUGGUGUAUUGGGGAACGCUGCCGCUCGUAGACCUGUUCCAGGCGUUCCACUGGGACAAGAGUUUCAGCACAAAACGUGUCAAGAUGUUCUGGUACAGCUUUGCCGGUAUGGGCCUGUACGAGAUCCUGCCGGCGUACAUCUUCCCGACGCUCAACUCGUUCAGCAUUCCUUGCCUUGCCAGUCGACACGCUACGGGCAGCCUGGCGCAGACGCUCACCAACGUGUUUGGCGGUGCACAGAGCAACGAAGGUAUGGGUCUGCUCAGUCUCAGUCUCGACUGGCAGUACAUCACGUCGUCCCAACUCUCGCUACCGCUCAUCCAGCAGGCCAACAGCUGGAUCGGAUACGCCAUCUGCUACAUCGCCAUGGCGGCGAUUUACUAUGGCAAUGUGUGGAGCGCCAAGAGUUUCCCAUUCAUGUCAACCAGCAUCUUUGCCGACAACGGCAAACGGUACAACCAGAGUGCCGUGUUCGUGGGUGGAAUUUUGGACAAGUCCAAGUUGGAGGAGGUUGGGUAUCCCAAUGUGACGGGAACGUAUGCGUGGGGGAUGCUGAUGAGGAACGCAGCCAUCGGAGCGUUGGUGACACACGUUGUUCUGUUCUGGGGGAAAGACGUAAUCAAGAGCCUCGGUCAGGCGAGGGACAAGACUCAACCCGAUCGACACUACCAGGCGAUGCGAAAGUACAAGGAAGCGCCUCACUGGUGGUAUUUGUUGUUGCUGGCGAUUUCGUUUGUGUUCGGGCUGGUGGUGGUGUUGACGCAGCAGACGACGCUGACAUGGUACUCGUACGUGGUCUCGCUGGCGUUGGGCACUAUAGUCGCUCCGUUUUCCGGCGUACUGUAUGCACUGCUCGGUAACGGAAUCAGCACCAAUAACUUGACCAAGAUGAUCGGCGGCGUCGUGUCGCCGGGCCGACCGUUGGCCAACUUGUACUUUUACGCGUGGUCACACAGCACGAUUGCGCAGGUGAUCAACCUGUCCAACGACCUCAAGAUGGGACAGUACCUCAAGAUUCCUCCGCGCGCCAUGUUCGUCACCCAGGUAAUCGGAACGGUGUUUGGUGCGUUUCUCAACUACGCGAUCGCGUCGACCAUCAUUUCGUCCAAGUUUGAGCUCCUCCAUACGAAUACGGGCAGCUACGUGUGGUCGGGAGCGUACUAUCAGUCGCUCAACAUCAGCGCUGUGACGUGGAGCAUGGCCAAGUUCAUGUACGGUCCCGGCACGCCCUACUUUAUCAUUCCCAUGGCGGUGCUCAUCGGCAUUGGCGCGGUGGUGGUGCACUGGGUGUUUACGCGCUUUGUUCCACGCAUCGGCCAAGUGAAAACGAGCUCUCUGGUCCUGCCCACCGUAUUCCUCUACUCGGCUUGGAUGACGUCGGGGCAGAACUGCGUGAUCCUUAGCACGAUCCUCGUCGGCUUGAUCUCGCAAGCUUGGAUCCGAACGCGCUACCCGCGCUGGUUCAAGGAGUACAACUACAUUGUCGGUGCCGGUUGGGACGGCGGCAGUCUGCUCGUCAUCUUUGUCCUCAGCUUCGCCGUGUUCGGCGCAGCGGGCAAGGAGAGGCCUUUCCCCACGUGGGCGGGCAAUCCGGAUGGCUUCCCGGACUACUGCCCGAAUCCUUCUUCCUAG